GAGAUGGAUGGGAAUUCAAACAGCAACCCAGAGCUAGGGACCUGCUCUGCAUUUGCCUUCGGCGCAUGAGCGCUUCCUUGCCGACUUUCUGGGCAAGCUUUCGAACCUCCGUUUCUUUUCUCCACGCCUGACCCCGCAGGCGGAGUGCACGUCCAACGCCGUGGAGGAUGGCAGAGACGUGUACAAUUCGGACCUAUGGGAGCACAGUUGUCAGCGUAGGGUUGCACAAGACAGCCUUACAGACAGGAGAAAGUUGCAAGCGGUCCUUAGCAGGCAGGGGAGGACAGAGGCCUUCUCGAGUUGCCGCGCGUUGCUUGAGCAAUGCAGGGACAGCUCGCCGGGACAGGAAUGAACGGACACUGUGCAGUAUUAAAAGCUGUAAUAGUCAAUUUCUGGGAGAUGGGGCGACAUCAUCUGAGUGGGGCAGAGUAAAGGCACGGUCUACAGGCGGCCGCAGGGGAGCCCUGGGGGCCUCAUGCGACAUGUCCGUGCUGCCGGAAGCGGUAUCUCAGGGGCUGAGUGACCUGCCACACAAUUUAGCAAUGCUGCCACAUUUGAUGCUUGGCGUUGGAGUUGGCCUGCCCUGCACGGUAAUGGACUGCGGGGAUGUCAUUUACAGGAGUACGCUCCCCAAGCCCUCAGCAUUGCAGCUGACAUAUGGAGGCGUGACGCUCUUAUCGUUGAUUUCGGCGUACUUGUGGGCCACUCCUGGAGUGGCUCCAGGGUUCUGGGACAUGUUCAUUCUAUCACCACUGGAAGGCUUCAUUAGGCCUAAGUAUACACAGGAUGAUUUGGUCCUGGGGAAGAAGCUAGGGGAAGGUGCAUAUGGCACCGUGUACAGGGCACAAUUGAAAACUGGAAAAGGAGCAGGCACGGCACUAGUUGUAAAAAAGGCAAGCGAGUUCGGAGCUGCCGAAGCUUGGAUGAACGAGAGGGUGCGGCGAGCGUGCCCAAAGGCGUGUGCUGAGUAUGUGUAUGGUUUUGUGGAGGAGAAAACGAAGGGCAGAUUUGGCCAAUUCUGGCUGGUCUGGAAGUUUGAAGGGUCGAACACUCUGGCGGACGUUUUGGUGGCCAAGGACUUCCCUUACAGCCUGGAGGACUCUUUGUUUGGGGAGCCACAGCGCCUCCGCAGAGGUCCUGAGCGGGAGAACAAGAUUAUCCAGGUGGUCAUGAAGCAGAUUCUUGUGGCGCUCAAGCAGCUGCACCGGAUAGGCAUUGUGCACCGUGACAUCAAACCGCAGAACAUUGUGUACUGCAAAGAGACGGGGCAGCUGAAGAUCAUUGACCUGGGGGCGGCAGCGGACCUCCGGGUCGGCAUCAACUACGUGCCAAAGGAGUUCUUGCUGGACCCCAGGUACUGCGCCCCGGAGCAGUACAUCAUGAGCACGCAGACCCCGAGUGCCCCCCCUCCGCCGGUGGCUGCAGCGCUCUCCCCGGUGUUGUGGCAGAUGAACCUCCCGGACCGCUUUGACGUCUACAGCGCGGGACUCAUCAUGCUGCAGAUGGCCUUCCCGCACAUGCGCAGCGACAACGGGCUCAUCCAGUUCAACCGGCAGCUCAAGCGGUGCGGCUACGACCUGGACGCGUGGCGCGAGGUGGUCCUCACGCGGCCCACCGCUGACAUCAGCCACGGGUUCGAGAUCCUGGACCUGGACAACGGGCUGGGGUGGGACCUGGUGCGCGCCAUGGUGCGCUACAAGGCGCGCAAGCGCAUCUCCGCGGGCGGCGCGCUGAGCCACCCGUUCUUCACCACCAACGGCAUCCUGGCGGUGCAGGGCGUGGCGGAGCUGCGCUGCGCGCUCGGGAACUCGUUCCGUGCGGACACGGACGAGUGGGGGCAGUGGAUCUUUGACAUGAUGGCCAAGAGCGGCACCGAGAAGGAGGGCGGCUUCACCGAGGCGCAGCUCACGGACAUUCGGCAAAAGUCGAAGAAGCGAAAGGGCACACUGCAACGGAACUCGCUUGCAGCUGCUUUGAAGCUGCAGCGGAAAGUCGAGAAAACCAUUACGUCGAUCUCCGAGUCUGCUGACGAGGCAGAGAAGCAGCAAAAGGCCGACCAAUGGUGGGAUCGAUGGUCGACCAAAGUGCCGUCUGUCCAGAAAGCGCGAAGAUAGUGGGGUUCUCGGGACCAACCAGGGGAGGCGCCCAUUGGUUUAUUUUUGCUUUGCGGCGUCACUUGUAUGCAGUAGCUUGCUGGAUCGAAGAGGCGUCAUACGAGGGAAAUGUAGAUAAAGCUGUACAGUGUAGUGCUUGUACUUUCACGGGUUGGGGUGGCAGGCACGAGUAAUUUGCCUUACUAUGGAUCAUGCAUAUGGCUUCAAGCUACUCCAGCAUUUGGCCUAUGCGAUCAUUGAUGUUCCUUUUGAUUUGAAGAACACGAUUCUGGCCGUGACGGUUAGCGUUGAUUUAAAGUUAGCAUUGGACGAUUGCAACUCUGUUGUUGAACUUUUUGGGCGAAGUCUAGGCCAUCACAUGUGCAAGUCUAGGCCGUUUCUGCCAGUCCUACCACUGCUAUAGCUAUCAGUCUUCCGGCCUAGGAAAAAGCCUGUAAUAUGUGUCAAGCUGGAUAUAUCUACCGUCUGCAGUAACGAAAAGAAAUUCAUGAGGUGGAUCGACUC